GUCUUUGUUUGUCCACCACGACAAUAUGGCCGACGUCUUAAAUCCCGUCACUCGAAAUUACCUAUAAUUUAAUAAACCGGUAGGUGUAAACCGAGCCAUAGUCACUUACCGGAAAAUAUUCUAACCCCUAAGAAUAAAUUGUUUAUUUUACUAAAGAUAACUAAGGUACAUUUUGUUAAUGGAGUCUCAGUGUGUAAUUCCAGACAAUAUUCUUGCACAAUUAAAAUGCUCUCUAUGCGAAGGGUAUUUAUCAGUUCCCCCAAUAAUGGUAAUAUCAGAAGAUGGGGAUAAGUAUAAAUGUGGGAGAUGUUACUUAAUUAAAACUGUUGUUAGUAAUCCUGCUAUUAUAUACGAACUACUUGCGAAUAUUAUGUUAUUUCCUUGUAAUUAUCCUGACUGUAAUAUAAAAAUUCCAUUUGCUGAUGUAAAGGACCAUGAAAAGAUUUGCGAGCACCGUUCCGUGAUCUGUCCUAAGGCUAAUUGUAACGAUAUUAUAAAGUUGCUAAAGAUAGGCGCUCAUUUUAAAGAAAAACAUAUUGAAACGUAUCAUUCUAAUUCGUUCAAUAUUAAAAACGUUCAUGCUUAUUACAAUAUUGAUGUAUUGGAAAAAAAUGGAAAGACUUAUAUUAGUCUUUUUGAUUUUGAUGACGUUAAUUUUGGUAUUAAUGUAUGUGCUGUAGAUCCGAAUGAUAAUUAUAAAUACGAAGUAACAUUGAAAAGUGAAAAAAGCCAUUAUGGUAUUACAGUAUCUAAUCAAUCGUUAGUUUCAUUUAAUGAAAGACAACAUUGCUUCAAAUGUAUUAGUAACAUUUGCAAAUUAAAAUACCACGUUUAUAAAGACAAUCGUAAAGAAAUAUCCAAAAGAUUAUCUACUAAAAUCAAUAAAGAAAGCGUAAAGAGAUUAUUAGGAUCGGGCUUGAUAACCUACAAUAUUAACAUUAUUGAUGGAGAUAAACCAAAAGAAGAAGUAAAGCAUGAAAUUAAAGACGUUAUCAUAAGGAAAGCCAAAAAAAUCUUUCUGCAACUUUUGGAAUGUCCAAUUUGCAAAAUAUACAUGUCUCCACCUAUUUUUCAAUGCUUAAGUGGUCACACAAUUUGCAAUUCAUGUAAAACAAUAAAAAUUGAAUGUCCUACAUGUCAAGAGUCAAUUCAGAACACUCGUAACUUCACGUUGGAAGAAUUGUCGUUGAAAGUCGAAUUACCAGACGAAAAAAAAUUAAACUCCAAAAGAAACUAUGAGAAAAACGGAGAUACUGAUGCAGAAGAUCCUCCUAUGAAAGCUCAAAAAAAUUAAGUUUUUUGACAACACAAUCAAAGGACUUAUCGUGUGCUUUCGAUGAUUUUUUUUUAAUAACAAGAUUGUAUUAAAAUCUAUUUGAU